AUGUCGGCGAAGACGGAAUCCACGACCAAGAAGUUCGGCUCGUCGACUCGGGUCGUGCCCGCCCCCUCCCAGAAGGCGCAGAAGUGGUACAACGCCGACGAUGAGCCCGAGGCCAAGAAGGUCCGCAAGGCCAUCCGCCCCUGGGCCCCUCGCAAGACCCUUCAGCCCGGAACCAUCCUGAUCCUUCUCGCCGGUCGCUUCCGCGGCAAGCGCGUCGUCCUCCUGAAGACCCUCGACCAGGGUGUCCUCCUCGUCACCGGCCCCUUCAAGAUCAACGGCGUCCCCCUCCGCCGCGUCAACUCCCGCUACGUCAUCGCCACAUCCUACAAGGUCGACAUCUCCGGCGUCGACUCCCAGAAGAUUGAGGAGAUCUCGCAACCCAAGUACUUCACCGCCGACAAGGCCAAGAAGCAGGUCGGCGAGGACGCCUUCUUCAAGCAGGGAGAGAAGCCCCAGAAGAAGGAGGUCAACAGCAGCCGUGCGGCUGACCAGAAGGCCGUCGACAAGGCCCUGCUCGCCAGCAUCAAGAAGGUUGACAUGCUCGCCUCCUACCUGGCGAGUUCCUUCAGCCUGCGCAAGGGUGACAAGCCCCACGAGAUGACCUGGUAA